UUUAAACAUUUCAACCACGUGCCUAUUACGUCAUAAACGUCAAAAUUUUUACAAAAAUCCACCAAAUGUGACCUUUUUAUCGGACGCAAUGACCGGAAAUGCGCUCCAAGAGACGCAUCCCGAUUAGGUGCAUUUAUUUUUAAGUUAUGAAUGAAGCGCGCUUACAUAACCUCACUUUUCAAGUUUCGCACAAUGGGGGUACUCAAAAUAGUGUCAACAAGGCGUUCUUUGCGAAGUUCCGUCCCUAACCUAACUUUCUUCUGUCGCAAGUGUCACAAUGAAAAAGGCCAAAAAAAUGGGGACUUCCCCGAAGAACCGACAACGUGCUGCAUGUCAGGCUGUCCGAACUGCGUUUGGCUGGAAUACGCGGAAAAAUUGAGUCAAUUGUACAAAGAUGGGGGCGAAAAGGCUGUGAAACAAAUUAACGAAAAAGUCACCGACCCCAAUAUCAGGGCGUUUUUAUUGCACGAAUUGAGAAUGAGGAAAGGGAAAAGUGAUUAAACCGCUAGAAACGUUAUUAUAAAGAGUUUGAUUUUGUUAUAUCACCGAUUACAUAACCUUAUAUUUAUUA